AUGACCCAUACCGCUGCUGCAACUCCAUCGGACGUUCCCUCCGACCCAUCAAGCCCAACAGGACAGCUUUGUACAUGGAUAUCUUCCCUCACAUAUGACGAUAUCCCAGAAAACCUUCGUGUCCGUGCCAAAUAUCUCAUUCUUGACGGCAUCGCAUGCGGCUUAGUCGGCGCCCAUCUACCGUGGUCCGAAAAAGCGACUCAAGCUCUGAUAGAACUGGAACUUACAGAGGGCUCGGCCGGCGUCAUUGGCUAUGAGCGCCGAAUCAAUGCUCUCAAUGCGUGCUUGCUAAACAGCUCAUUCAUUCAGGGAUUUGAGCUGGAUGAUUGGCACACCGGAGCUCCUCUGCAUUCGAAUAGCAUCAUUCUUCCCGCCUUGCUCGCCGCAUCUGAUCAUUUGUCCUUGAAGCCAAGCGCAGCUUCAUCUUCUUAUUCUGGAACCGGCAAGGAUUUCAUAGUAUCAUACAUUGCUGGAUUGGAAGUUGGGCCUCGCGUUGGCCUUGCUCUUCAUGGACCUCACAUGUUGUCCAUGGGAUGGCAUUCAGGCGCCGUCUUUGGCCCUCCCGCAUCCGCCGCCGCGGUAGGGAAAUUUCUCGGAUUAUCAGCCGGCGCCAUUGAAGAUGCUUUUGGUAUCGCAUGCACUCAGGCUGGUGGAUUAAUGUCCGCGCAGUUCGAGUCUGAAGUGAAGCGAAUGCAGCAUGGUUUCGCAGCAAGAAACGGCCUCUUGGGCGGAAUCCUCGCACAAACUGGCUACAUUGGGAUAAAGCGCGUAUUUGAACGCGAAUACGGCGGCUUUCUCAAGCAAUUCACCAGCGGUAACAGCAUGGAGCCGCAGUACAAGGUCGAUGAAAUCGCCAAAGGGCUUGGCCGAGAUUGGCUGAUGAAGGGCGUUGCAGUCAAGCCAUAUGCCAGCAUGGCGGGCACACACAACACGGUGGAUUGCUUGACAGAUCUGCGUCAGCUUUAUCCCGAAUUGAUGAAUGAUUUAUCCGGGAUUGAGAGAAUUCUAAUUGAGUUGAGCAAGCCUGCUUUUGAGCACGGAGGAUGGGACACCAAGCGUCCCUUGACAGCGACGGGAGCGCAGAUGAGCAACGCGUAUGUUGCAGCCACAUACAUUGUUGACAGUGCAAUUCUUCCAGCUCAAUUCUCUGCCCAGGCGAUUGAGAGAGAUGAAGUCUGGGAAUUGGUGGACAAGACGACGUGUGAGCUCAACAACGACUUUGACAAGAUGCGAACUCGAGUGAGUGUCUGGUUCAAGGGCAGGUCGGAGCCCAUCAUUGCGGAUCGGCACUUGGCGAAGAGCGUUAAGCCGCUGCUGAGCAAUGAUGAGAUCCUUGAAAAGUGGAAGAACAUUACGGCUAAUGUUAUUGACGACGAGCGAAGGCAACAGAUUGAAGGUGUUAUUCUAAAUCUUGAGGAUUGUAGUGAUCUUGGUGUAUUGAGUCAGUUGCUCAUGGGCAAGACGGCGAAUCCGAUUGGAUGA